UGGAUCACCACUGAGGAGCACAAAAAGUUCCCCGUCAACUUCCUGCAGGUCUCCAUCAAGUUCACUAACCAGCCACCGGAGGGCCUGCGCUCCGGUCUGGCUAAGACCUACUCUGACAUCUCUCAGGACUUCCUGGAUGCCUGCGUCAGCAUUCAGUGGAAGGUGGCCCUCUACGCGGUUGCCUUUCUGCACAGCACUGUGGAGGGACGUCGAAAGUUUUCGCCAAUUGGUUGGUCGGUACCGUAUGAAUUCAAUCAGGCUGACUUUGAUGCCUCCAUCGAGUUCAUCCGAAGCCACAUAGAUGAAAUUGAGUUUGCAAAGAAGAACACCAAGACGAGUAUUUUCACUCUCUUCUACCUCAUUUUGCAGGGCAUCGACUGGAAAUGUGUACGCUACAUGCUUUCUGAGAUUCAGUAUGGCGGUCGCAUCACAGACUCGGAGGACAUCAUAAUUAUGAUAACGCUCGUGAAGCGUAUGUUCCUUGAGAAAAUGUUCUCAUCAGGCUUUCAGCUUGCGCCGAAUUACGUGAUCCCUCGGCUAUCUACGGUCAAUCAGUACCUCGGAUUCAUUAACUCGCUUCCACUGCAGGAGUCGCCGGAGUCCGUGCAGUUGCAUCCAAAUGCAGAGAUUGAGUACUCAACACGGCUCUCCGAAAGCAUCCUAACAAAUAUUAAUUCAAUCACAAAAUCGGACUUCGGGGGCAGCGACACUGGCGGCGGUGGCGGUGGGCCCACGAAGGAGAGCCAAGUGAAGCAAAUGUGCAAGACAAUGCUGGAUCGACUACCACCAGUCUACAACAAGUACGAGGUGGCGGAACGCUGUAAUGCCAUGGGAAGCCUUCAACCCAUCGUCAUCUUCCUAAGGCAAGAAGUUCAGCGAAUAAGCAAACUGCUGGAAGUCACUGGGCAGGUUUUGAAAGACCUCGUUAUGGGCAUUGAUGGCAAAAUUAUCAUGAAUGCUCAGUUGCGGGAGGCCAUGGAGGCCAUGUAUAAUGCCCAGGUGCCCUCUGAAUGGUUACGGGUAAGUCUGGUUCUGUGUGCAAUAAAAUCCCGACUAGCGGCCUGUUAUCGCGCUUAA